ACUAAUUCUACGAAGUUGUUGGCGAAGUCAACCGUGCCGCAGUCGUGAACAUUCAAUUGGUGAAAAUUGUUAUAAAAUCGUUGAAAAAAUAUGUAAAAACAUGAGAAAAUUAAGUGUUAGCAAACUAGCUGCGUGCAUAUAAUAGUUCGUGAAUGAUAAAACAUAUAAAUCUAACAAAAAAACACUAAAAUAACAAAGGCGUAUACAAAACGCGACGCUUAAAGUCUCGUUUUUCGGCCGUUUUUUCUACACAGACACAACGAUUACGGCCGUGUUCGUGUAUUUAUCGUAUGUGCACUGCAAACGGCUAAUUUAAUUUACACAGCAAGUAAAUGCAGUUAAGUAAUUGAACGCAAAGCGAAAAUAUUCAGCCGACGCAGUGUGUGUGUGACAGAAAAUAUAAAAAAGGUACAGCGAAAGGUACACCACACGAAGCAGAAGAAGCAGAAAGAGAAACAGAAAAACUGAGCAACAACAAAAGAAAGAAAGAGUAACAACAGCAAGAAAAAUAUUGUAGUGUGUAUGUGUGUGUAAGUGGAAUAUAAACAACGAAAUUUUGUAAGAAAAAGCUAGUCAAAUAGUGACGGUAGAUGCUUGUGUUGGGAAAAUGUCACAUUUGCCAUUGGAUGCACGGGCCAUUUUGCAGCACCUAAAUGAAUUGGGCUAUAGAAAUAUAUCCGGUGAACAACUACGUGAAUUUCUGAAAGACUUGCGCAAGCUUAUCAAGUAUGAGGAGCGUUUGCCUGUGCAGGAGAAAGAGGAUUGCUUCAGCAGUCUGCACAAGCGUGGGACCAUCAGUUCGCGCGCCAAGUCUGACAAAGAAAAUGCGCCCCCAAAGAAUCUGAUGGAAAAUCCUCAACAACCCAACAAUAAUUGCUACUGUAGUCUGAAAGAUACGAAAUCUCAAUAUGACAUGGACCGUGAGUUCGCUGGCGAAGCUAUUGUGGAUAUGUCUCGCAUUUUUCGCGACAAACUAUUGCUGAAUGAUGACGCACCAUUUCAAGCUUCAAGCACCACGUCCGUUCGUCGCAGUCGCAGCAAGACCCGCAAGCCGUCGGAUCGACUUCGUCCUAGCGCAGAAUCGAGUAGCAGUCCCGAAAAUCGUAGGCGUGAAAAAUCGCGUAAAGCCAGAAAAUCACGCAGUGUAAGCGCUGGAACGCGUGCUUCCGUAGUCGUGCCCAAACGUCGUGCCAAAUCCAAGUCCAAAUCCGAUCCAGUGGCUCUAUAUCAAUACUAUCAGAAAGAAUGGAAGCAUUUUCGCAAGCAGAUACCAGGCGAACUAUCGCAUCCGGGCUUACGCUGGCAAAUACGGAACAAGAUGCUUGAGCCAAAGUAACAAAACACCGUGACAAUCAUUUUUUACACAAAAUUAUAAACUCUUCAAACGACGAAACUUUGUAAUAAAGAGGAAUUCAAAUUUUAUGU